AUGCGGCUAUUCGGAAUCGCAGAGUCGCUUGUGUCGUCGAAAGUGCGCGAGCGCGCCGAGGCGCUGAAUGAGCUGGAGGCGGCUGAUUUGGGCUCGGCUGCCGUGCGCGACAACGCGGACCGGCUGCUGCGCGCUCUGUCGCAAAGCAUAGCGCUCGAUGCAGUGCCGUAUUUGCGUGCCGACGUUUCUGAGCGCGGAUCGGGCGUUUUGGAGACGCGGAUCGGCAAGACGGCGGAUAUAGUGCGCCGUUUGUGCCAGGCGAUCUCGCAGCCCGAGACCGUUGCACGGCUGAGGUAUCGCCAGCUGAGCGAGAUGGUGGACAUUCUACUGGGCCACAUGGUGUGUGGAGGCGGCGAAUUGCGCAUUUUCGAGCCUGCUGCGCUCGCAAUGGCGCGCGCUCUGUACUCUUUGGUCUGUGUGCCGAAUUUCAAGAGCCACCUCAAACCAGAGAACCACGAGGCGAUAGUUCGCACGGUGGUGGACUGUUUGGCUUUGGCGAGUGACACACAGCAGAUUCUUGUGAACGCGCUGCUCCAGCUGCUAUGCGAGUACGUCAUUCCUGUGAAUUCCUCGAGCAUGGAGAUGUUUUUACGGGAGCAACCAUAUUACAAGGCGAUGGUGAGCUUUUGCGAGGGUCGAUGUGGCGCAAAAAUGGCAGAGACAGAGACGGCUGUGUUUCUGGUGCGGCUGAUGCGCCAGGUCAUGGCAGACAGUCGGCUGGUGGACACGGCGCUGGCGGAGCGGGCUUUUUGGGCUGGCGUGCGGAUCGUGGCUGGAAUGCGCACGGUGAGCAUGGCUGCGACGCAGCUGGCUGUGGCGGAGUUCAUUGGCGCAAUGGGCGAGUUUACUCACGUUUUUGGGACGAACGAGGCAGAUAUCCACUGUGUGCUGUGUUUUGGCGUGCAAAUCUGCGCCGCGCGCCGCGAGAUGGGCGCAGCAGUGGCCCCGACGCUGGAACGGUACUUUGCUGUGGCGGUGCCGCCGUCUGGAGUCAAAAAACAGCGUCUUUCCGGCGUCGCGAGCCAGAUCUCGCUGCUUUUGCGGCGCAGCUCGUGUUUGGACUUCGUUGCGUUUUUGGGGGACAAUAUCGCGGAUCUGGACCGGUCUGUGGCGUGUGCGGCGCUGGAUAUAGUGCAGGAGUGGCUGGGAAUUGAUAGAGUGCUGGAAAAGCUGGCUAUACACGCAGAAUUUCUUGCUACGCAAUUUUUGCACGUUGUCCAGUUGCACGACGCCAGUCUCAGCCAGGACGCACUACGGUGUUUAGGAGCGCUGCUGUUAGAGUCCGACACUGCCCCUGAAAUUGACCGUGUCGUGAAAACGAGUCUGGAGCUAGUCAGGGACCCGAAACUAUGCAGAGAGGCGUGUGUGCUAUUCUGCGCAGCUCUGCGGAAAAAAAAUAUCUACAGUCUGCUCGACCGCUCGACGUUGCUACAGCUCACCAUGGCGAUCGAUAUCUUCGAUAUGAACGGCCCGCACAGCGUGUGUGCUGAGAGCCUGCAAUUUUGGGACGCGGUGCUCGAGUUCUGCCAACCUGCCGUGGACGAGCUAAGAGACUAUUUUCCGGAUAAUAAACGGCGGCUGCGCAGCAAAGUUGUCGACUGGGUGCUGCACAAGGGCUUUCGGCCGGCGACGGUCGACGAUGCACGGGCCAUGGCUGGUUUUUUGAGACAGAAUGCAGAUCUGGGGCCCAAAUUUGUCGAGCUCGAGACGGCGCUGCGCGGGUGGCUGCGCGAGAUGCGGCCAUCGCGCGAGGCCGUGUGCUGGGCGUUGCUGCUAUGCGAAUUGGGGGUGGCAGACGAGGGGUGUUUGGCGUUUGAGCCGGCGUUCGUUGUGAACUGUGCCGCCUCGCUCGGCGUGGCUCCGCGGUUUGUUUUCGCGCUGGAGGUACAGCCGCUGGAUAAAAUGCUGCUGAUGAUCAACAGCGGGCAGAGCCAGCCUGAAGAAAUGGCUGCCUUGGCCACGCAGCUCAGUCCGACGGAGCUGCUGUCAGUGUGCGAGACAAUUGCAGAAAAAGAUAUAUUUAUUGCUUCCCCCGAUAUGUUGGUUCCCCUAGUCACUGCACACGAGACGAAAACGGCUGAGCGCACGGUCGUGGCUCUGUGCCGGCUGCUCGAGCCCCACGCUGGCGUCUGGACGGGCUCCGAUGCGUUUGUGCACCUGUGUGAUAUUUACGAGUACCUGUUGCAGCUGGACGAAAAAAAGCUCGUUUGCACGCGGCUGGCAAAGUUUCAUGUGCUCAGACUGUGCAUUCGGGUGUACACAGAAACGAAGAAACAGGAGGAUUUGGCCCGGAUUGUGCGCUCAUUCACAGAGAGCAGCUGCUACGUGCGGCUGGACGUGGCUCCGUUUCUGGCUGGCCUGCUUGACUUUAAUUUCGACAUGCUGGCGACGUUGCUGGCCACAUUUGAGCCGCAACGGUCAGCCGAGGCUGCACGCGUAUUUUGCCAAUUUUGCGCCGCCGUCAGCGCGCGGUCCACGGCCGCCCGGCUGGCGUGUUUCUGCAACCUGCUAGACCUGUGUUCGUUUGAGAACGUGGCCAACUUGCUACCAGAAACGCUGGCCGAACUGGCACAAGGCUGUGGCGGGCCACGGGCGUUUCUGGAAAAAUACAAGCUCCCCAUCGUCAAGGUCUGGAUGGGGUUUGGCCGGUCUGUGCUUGCGUUUCCGAGCGAGCUAUUUUCGCUCGACACGCGGCAGUUUCUGCAGCUGGUGGGCGCUGAAGUCGUGGCGAUAUGUCUUGCCUACGGCGGUUCCGGGCUGAUUGCACGUGUGGCGGCCAUUUUGGAGCGUAGCACAUGCGUGCUCGUGUGCGACGCGGUGUCGCUGGCCGUAGCUCUUGCCUGGACAAAAAAUGGUUGCAGAGAAAAAAUAUUUGCCAAACUAGAGCAACACUGCGGAAACGAGCUCGAACGCCAGAAAUGUCUUGUUCUGGACCGCGUCGUGGAGCUCAGCGGGAGUGAAUUUGCCCAGUUCGAUCUGCAAAUCGAAGACGGCGUGGCAGAGCUGUUUGAUAUGGUAGCAGGCCCUGUGAAUGACGAGCUGGUGCAUUUUCUGUGCAUGCGCGCGCUCGCACGGCUGUGUGCCGCUCCGGCCGACGAGCAGGCCGCCCAACUUGGGCGUUUUGCGACUCUGGUCCAAGACUGUCUGAAACUGCGUAUUCCGGCCUCUCUGUGCAAAAUCUAUAUUCCCAUCGUUUGCAGGUACAACAACGCCCUGGCGGCGGCGCUGGCAGACGUGGGGAAGGAUCAGUACGAGUUAUGGACGCCGGUGCUCGCCCAGGAACUGCAGGAACGCAACGAGCUAAGCAAGUGGCUCUAUAGAAAUAGAGACCGGUUCAAUGGCGAUGGUGCGGAAAUGGGCCUGCUUCGGACGGCGAUUGCGGUUCUGGCUGGCCGACGGUGCCAACUGGACGCCGACGACGUGCUGGCUGUGCUGGUGGCACGCAAAGAUAGGUCAACGGUGCAGCUGCUGUCCGCGUUGAUGGAGCAGGUAGAUAUUCCGGCAGUUUCGGCGUGCGCCCCAGACAUUGCGGCCAGACUUUACGAUGUGCUGGAAACUGGCGUAGCACAUAAGCUGCGCACAUUUAUUGCACGCUGUCUCGCACGCACAUACGAGCAAACGGGCUUCAACCCGGCCACAGAAAAACCCGAGUUCGACCACCGUGUAUUUGGUCACGUGACCCGGAGCUGGAUGGGUCUGGCCUGGCUGUUGGACGCAUGGCGGCCGCGGCUGGCGUCUGUGCCGGCCCGGUUUGCGUACCUCUGUCUCUGUGGUGUUCUUCGUGAGCAUGACCUAGAGUUUUCUUCUGAGGAGCCCGUUUGGCCACUUGAUGCUUUUGUCUGGCGACAUUUGGACACCACGCCCGAAAUCAGCGUCGAUAUCGAGAAUCCGGGGUCCUGGGCGGUUGACACGUUCCGUCGCGAUAUUCUGCUCACGCUGUUGCCCACGCAAUGGGGUCCGGUCGCCACAGCCCUGCGUAGUCUUGUCUUCCAUGACCAAACAGCAUUUAGCCACGUCCUGCUGUAUCUUCUCGACAGGGACCAAACCAAGAUCCCUGUCUUGUCCAAAAUGCUCCAUACUGUCUUCUCCAAACCCCUCGAUCCCUGCAUUACCAAAGAGUUUAUUGAGUUCGUGCUUCUGCUGCGUGCUGCCACCAUCCGCGAAAAUAAAUUGUGUCUUCGGCUGUACGCCCAGCUAGACCUGGAAAAAGUCUACAAGGCGGCCGCUCCACUGGCUCCUCGCGCCGCUCUUAUGCUCAUGGAGGAGCACUGCACCAGCGGGCGGGGCAAGGACUGGCGCACAGAGCCCGAGUGGCUGUACAAUACAUACGCUGCGCUGGACGAAAAAGACCUGUUUUUUGGCCUGCCCCUGCGCUCCAGCUGGGACUACGGCGUCGACAGACUGCACUGGACAGACAACACGGGCGGAAGACUCAUGUUCGACAACGCCAGGUACAACGAGCUGCAGGAGCCGCGCCAAUUGGUGGCUUCCCUGUUUGAUACAGGGUAUGAUCGACUCUCGAGCUUGCUGGGCGGCCAGAUGGCGACAUUGUCGUACGAGCAGUUGUGGAAAUUGGGUGAGUGGAAACUGCCGACACCUGUGGUGAGCGACAAACACACGGCGAUGUACUCGCUGCUGAAAGACGCACAGAAUGUGGCCACUGAGCGGACCGCGUACUUGGAAGCCAGGUUUGGCGAGCUGGCGCGACAGUUUGAGGUUUUCCGAGACUUCAGACGCGCAAGUGAGUGGGUCGUCACGCUGGCAACGUUUGAGGCUGUACAGAAGCCGCGCUGCGACUCGUGGCUGGCCCACACGGCGCCGUUCGAGAUCGCUGCCGACUUGUACCAGGCGCGCACGGGACUCUGGUCACGUGACAACGAGAACGGCUGCGCCGUAGACUUGCACCGGUACGCGGAGCUGUGUCGAGGGAACGGGCGCGAGCAGCACGCGACGAACGCGGCUGUGCGUCUGGCGUGUCUGGGCGAGCGGGCAGGCGUGGGCACGGACGUGUGGGUGCUAUCACAGUACAACGUGGCCGCGUCGUUCUGGACGCAGCACGAGACGAGCUAUGCGCUGGAGACGUUACGGACGGCGCUGACGCGCGUUUCUAUCAACGGCGAGCUGCCGCGCGGGCUUCUGCUGGCAAAAUUGGUGCAAUGGUCACACGAAUCGCGGCAGGAGACGGCCGAUCGAUUGAUGAGCGAGUACGUGGAGACGGAAGCGUGGGGGCAGGGCCAGGAGACGCAGCUGGCGCAAAUGUACCACAUCCUGGCCGAGUUCUGUGACGCACAGGUGCGUGGAGGCGAGCUGGACAAACAGAUCGAGAAGCUGGCGGCGGCCGUGGCGCAGCGGCAGCACGAUCUUGCCGAGCUGCAGAAGUACGGUUCGAUCGUGGGGCGCGACGAGAUGCGGCGGAAAAAUGCGCGGCGGGCACACCAGAGGCUGCUGGUGCAGCAGGAGACGGAGCAGGAGGAGCUGGCGGGCGCACAGCGCAACAAGACGCGGUAUCUGGAACGGGCCGUGGAAUUUUAUGUGCGCGCAGCGAUCGCCAACGACAGUUCCGUCGACCGCAACGUGGACCGAUUGUGCGCACUAUGGCUAGCACACACAGAUGUGGACGUGGGGGCGGGGCUACACGAGAUCGAGAAGCAUAAGUUUGUGCCGUGGCUGAACCAGCUCACAUCGCGGCUCGCGAGCCAGACAAGCCGGUUCCAGCGCACGCUGCAGCAGCUGGUGUUUGAGAUUUGCGUCCGUCAUCCAUACGAUGGGAUGUACUUGCUGCAGUCACUGAUGCUGAGCGGGCAGGAGAGCGCGGACGAGGCAUCCGUUGGGCGUGGCGAGGCCGCUCGCAGCGUGUGGUCUCGGCUGUUGGCGUCGGAUGCUCGUGAAUAUGCUACCAAAGUGGAGGCGAUGGCCAUGGCGUGUGUGGAGCUGGCGAACCGCAAGUUGCAUGGGGCGAAGCACACAGAUGUGGGGGCCUGGUGGGUGCGCGCGCUGCCGGGCCUGCAGAUGCCUGUGCCCACGGUGCAGCGCCGCGAGACAAGUCAGGGUUACGACCCGGACCAGUACGUAGUCCAGGUGGCCCCCACGGCCAAAACCGCAGCGUCAGGGCUGAGCUUGCCCAAGAUCGUCAAGGUGGUCCUGGCUUCGGGCGAGACGCACCGGAUGAUCCUCAAGGGCGGGUCCGACGACCUGCGCCAGGACAGUAUCAUGGAACAGGUGUUUGAGAAAGUGAACGUGCUGCUUGCGCAGGACUCCCACGCUCGUCGGCGGCGGCUGCGUGUGCGCACGUACAAGGUUGUGCCGUUGGGGCCCCGGUCCGGUGCAAUCGAGUUUGUGUCCAAUUCUGCCUCGCUGGACGAGUUGCUACGUGGGUUGCAUGCGGGGGACAAGUUACGUGCGGACCGCGCCCGCGCAAGGAUGAAGAGUGCACAGGAGCAUUCGCCCGCGCGCCGCGUGGCGGUUUACAUGGACAUCUGCGAACAGGUGCAGCCUUGCUUCCGGCAUUUUUUCUUUAACAACUACACAGCCCCGGACGGUUGGUUCGAGGCGCGACUGGUGUACAGCCGCGGACUCGCGACAACAAGUAUCGUGGGUCACGUGCUCGGGCUCGGCGACCGCCACUGCAACAACAUCCUCGUCGACAAAGUCUCGGCCGAGCCAAUCCACAUCGACCUGGGCGUGGCAUUCGAUCAAGGCCGCGCAUUCCCCGUGCCGGAGAUCGUGCCGUUCCGGCUGACAAGAGACCUGGUGGACGGGCUGGGGGUGGCGGGCACGGCGGGCGUGUUCAGCCGCAGCUGCGAGAACGUGUUUGGCGUGCUGCGUGCCAACUCGACGCACAUCAGCGACAUUCUCGACGUGCUUAAAUACGACCCACUUUACUCGUGGACGGUGUCACCUGUGCGGGUACGGCGGGUGCAGGAAGAGUGGGGGGGAGAUUGGGAUGAGGCCGCGCGCCGCGACGUGGGGUCGGAGGCCAGCAUGGCAAUCGAAGGCGUGCUACGCAAAUUACAGGCGCGCGGGCUCAGCGAAGAGGCUGUGGUGCGCGAGCUCGUGCGCGAGGCCACCGACAGCCGCAACCUGGCGUUGAUGUAUGCUGGCUGGGCUCCAUUUCUGUAG